UAACAUAAAUUAGUUGUUUUACAGAACGGGGAGAGUCUUACAUAGCGAGCAAGUUGCGUAUAAUAAAUAAAGAACACCAGAAUGUGAAUCAAGGAUGUUUUAUAUCGCUUCUGUUCGUUCGCGCAAGUCUAAAGUAAAGUGUUUUGCCGUAUGGUAACUAUGACUACGCUUAAAAGGAGACACCAAUAAUACGUAUGCGUAUCACAAACUUUGUUUCGACGAAAUCGAAGAAAAUUCCAAAGGAAUCGAUUAGUGGUAGUAAAGAGAAAUCCUCCGUAUCGCGUUAGAAUGAACGACAAAGACGACAGCGCUUGGGUCUUCGAUUCCCUGAUUGGUUUUCUUCAGGGUCCAAUUUGGUCCGCGCCUCUGAUCACUUUCAUCGAAGAGAAGUCACUCAUAUUUGAAGCGGACGUCGAGGAAAACGAUGAGUAUCAAAAGAUAUAUCAGGAGUACAAAAAUCUGGUGGACUUAUUGCUUGGUUGUUUCAUGGAAGACAUGGGGAUCACUCCGGAGCAAUUCGAGUACGCUUGUACAGUGAAUAAGUAUACAAAAAUGCCUAUACAAUUCCAACAGAACUUGUUCGAGCAAAUAUGGGCGGCGAACGAGUACGAGAUAUUCAAAAGAAUGAUGAUUCAAAAGAAUCUAGAGCUUCAACUGCAAGCUUUGAAUAUGAUCGAACAGAAGUAUGGUCUUACACCUGCAUCUUUCAUGUAUGAAGCAGGUGUAUUGAAUGAAGAUCCUUUAGUCAUGGAAGAAAUCAUUCAAAAACACGUUUUGGAGAAUGAUUCGGAAGAAGACAAGAACAUAUCGUCGGAAACUUCGUUGAUCAAAGAACAUGAACGUUUAACAGCUAAAUAUAACAGCGAACGAGCAUUGUUAGCAGAAGCUCUAAAAGCGUCCCAAGAGGAAAAUACUCCUGAAAGGGAUCGUACACAGUCAUUUUUAAAGGAAGAAGAUGAAGAUAAAGAAGAAGACGACGAAAGCAAAAUCAAAGGGAAAGACGAAGAAGAGGAGGAGGAGGAGGAGGAAGAAGAAGAAAAGAAGGAAGAAGCAGAUAUUCCAAGGUUCCCUAAAGUGGUUCCUCUUGAUUCUAUGUCCACGGACGAAUCAAAAUCAGAAGGACCAAAUAUAUCAGAAGAAGACAUAAGAAAUAGGCAGGCAUAUUUAAAAGCUAGACGCGAUAAAUUGGUAGCUUUGAAGAAAGAAGCAAGAAGUCAACGAUUGGAAAUGAAUCCAUCGAGGCCGAGUUCCGCGAGAUCGGUAGCGGAAGCCACGAUCAAAGGAGAACAAGAACUAAAAUUACCGGAACCUCUGGAACCGUCCAUAUUACAAGUACGUAAAGUACUCGCUGCUCGCCUCCAAGCAGAGGUAGUGCGUAAGCAAACGAGCCAAUAAUAACGAUUCUCUAACACGAAAGAGAUCGGGACGGCGGUGUUUUAUCCAGAUAAAAUGCUGAUAUUUUAUCCUUUCUUUUUUCUCUUUUUUUUCCUUUUUUUCUGAUAAAUUUCAUGCACAGCGAACUUUUAUACAGCUGCAUCAGAUUUUCUUUUUAUAGACGUUACGUUAUAGUAUUAAGAUAGCGAAGAAAUUUACAAGGAUACAACGUUUACAGACGUUGAAAGAAUUAAAAUGAUCAAACCUGGUAGCAGAAUAAGACUAAAUGAGUAUGUUUAACAAGAACAAAGAGAGUAUAAGUUGUUUCUUUUUUAUACAAUUCCAAAUGUUUACUGUAUCGUUUUUCUUUCUUCUUUUGUUUAAAUAAGUGUGACGAAUAUCGUUACAGUUUGGGUAUAAGUAUAUCUUCGCUUGUGAAUACCGAUAAAAUGAUAAACAAUUUCUUAAGGUCACUUGCAUUAUGUUCUCUCAGUCGUUCGAUGAAUUUCGCACGCUCACCAUGCAUCAUCGGCGCUAGUUUUACCCGUGAGAGAAAUUUCAUAAUCUGGAACAUGAAAAAAAGUAAAAAAAAGAGCAUAGGAUUCUUCUUGUAAUAGCAAUUUGUAUAGAUCUUUAAGAGGAUACGAGUGAUAUGAAUAAAAAAAAAAAAAGAAAAAAAAAACAAAAAGAGAAUAAUUACUUUUUAAAUAUUUCACAUACACUUCAUAGACGAAAUGAUUUCCAUUCGUAAAUCUUUCGAUAUUCUUUCUUCAUUCCUUUUAUAUACACUAAUUCGUCAAAUUUCUCGUUUGUUCGAUGCAAAGAGAAGAGAAUGCGAAGUUUACGUAAAAAAUGUAACACACAGUUCUUAAGAAAUGCUUUCAGAAAAAAUAGGUAUAAAUACGCUGGAAAAUCUGUUUUACAUGUAAUUAUCUAACAGCACAAGUUGUAUAAAUCACAAUUGGACAAUUAGAACUGAAAAAUCAAUGACAAUUACAUUCAUACAAAGAAAUAUCCUUCCUUCGUUUUAUUCUUUGCGAUUAAACAUUGAUUAUGAGGUAAGUAUGACUCCGUUCAUCGACCAAUUCUUUCUAUAUCAUUUUCAGUUUUAUUUAAUUAAAUAUUCUUCGCACUUCUACAACAUACUUCUAUUCCAUGUAACACACAAUUGUCAUUCUUACUUUUUUUCCUUUUUACCUGCCCGAUUAUAAAGGUGAAAAUAAUUUCGUGGCGAAAUACGAAUGUUAACUCCAUUUAAUACUUGAUUAAUAACGUAAUAAAGUAAAUUCAACGCUUCUGAAACAAAUGUAAAAUAAAUUCGUUCUGGUAGAAGACACGGUACUUGCAAAACUCAAAAUUCAUCAUAUACUUUUCUAACGUUCGAAAACUUAAUUUAAAAUAUAAUUUACGAAACAUGCGGUCAAUUAAAAAAUAUAGAAAUUGGUGGUUUUCGGUAUUCGCCUUCCGCCACUUAUAUUUAGCUCGCAUCUUAUUUAGCUCAUCUAGUCAAUCGUCGUUCAUACUUCAUUAGAAUAAAAUGCAAAAUAUUCAUUUGCCAGUGAAUUUUCCAUUCAACUAUUACCAUACUAUACACAUCGAACCAAAGUUUCCUCUGUUAAUUUUUCCUUUCAUGCUUGCUCUUGCUUCGCAUGACUUUUUCUUUUAAUUUUUUACGAAUAACUUCUCAUAUAAAAAGGUGUUUCUCCCUCUGACUGUAUGUGUGUAUGUGCGCGCGCGCGCCCUUGUGUGUGUAUGUGUGUGUGCGCGUGUGUGUAAUAUGUGUACAUAUAAUUAAAACGUAUUAUAUUCUUAACACGUGGUAUUUUAUUUUUAUAUCAUGUAAUAUCGUACGACAUUACAUCGAACUAUAACGAUUGUAAGAUUUCUCGAUUUCCGCCGGCGCUGAUCUUACAUGAAAUGUUUCACUGCUUUUUUCUUCAAAUUAGAAAGGAAACACAGAAAAAGUAUUUACAUACUAUUUACUAUUUUCAACAGUUAGAUUAAGACUGUGUAUGUAUAUAUGUAUAUGUACAUAUAUGAAUGCAUAUACAUAUAUAACCGUAAAAAUCGACUUCGUUCUUCCUGAUUCAGAGAAAAUCAAUUCUGUCAAAUUUUAAACCGAC